AUGGCAUGGUAUAGAAGGUGGUCAAAACUAGGUUUUGAUGCAAUUUCUAGUUACUUCACCUCCAAAUUAACAGCUCCCAAAAACACAAUCCGAAACGCACAUAGUAAUCAAUUGAGUAAGCUUACUUGUAGUGCAUAUUACCCUCUUAGGGUUUCGAAAAUUUCUCUGUUUCCACCUGUACGUGUUGAUAGAAGCUUAAACUCUGGAUUAUAUGCAACUGGUAAUAGAUAUUACUAUGUCGAUUCACGACAAGUUAGGCAUUUCGGAUACAGAAGAAGAUGGUCUGAUAACCCCAAGAACGUUUUGAUAGCUGUGUUAGUGGGAUCUGGAAUUGGGAUAACUGUAUAUUUUGGGAAUGUUGAGACGAUACCUUACACAAAACGGAGGCAUCUUGUUUUGUUGUCGAAAAAUUUGGAGAGAAUGAUUGGUGAGUCUCAGUUUAAGAACAUCAAGGCUGGGUUCAAAGGAAAAAUUCACCCAGAAAGCAUUAGGGUGAGAUUAAUUUCAAAGGACAUAAUCGAAGCAUUGCAAAGAGGAUUGAAGAAAGAGCAAGUAUGGACUGCUUUCAAUUAUGCUUCUCAGAGUGGAGCUGCAUCGGAGACUUUAAUGGCGAUGACAGAGGAGACUGGUGCAAAAGAUGAUAUGUGGGUGGAUCAAAGUCGGAAGAAGGGGAAAGAAAAGGGGGAAAAAUCGGCUACUGGUCAUUUGGAGGGGUUAAAUUGGGAAGUUUUGGUAGUGAAUGACCACGUUGUAAAUGCUUUUUGUUUGCCUGGUGGAAAGAUUGUUGUGUUUACAGGGUUAUUAGAGCACUUUAGAACUGAUGAAGAGAUUGCCACCAUCAUUGGACAUGAGGUUGCACAUGCUGUAGCAAGACAUGCAGCUGAACAGAUUACAAAGAACCUCUGGUUCACAAUCGGACAGCUAAUUUUGUAUCAAUUUGUCAUGCCAGAUCUUGUAAACACCAUGUCAAAUCUUUUGCUGGUGUUGCAACUAAAUGUAUAA